AUGAGCUCAGAUGAUGACGACUCCAAGCCUUCCUCAUCGGCAUGUUGUGAAAAGGUUUCAACAGACAAGAAAGGCGAGCAAAAUAUCAUGAAAGGAAACACCUCUUCUUCUAGUUUCUCGGAGAAAUCUUCCCACACUGAGAUAAAGACUCCAUUGAAUGCGCCUCAAACUGUAGCUACUGCAUCCACUACCAAUGCAACUGCACCCCCAACUGCACCCCAAGCUGCUAUUCCAUUGCGCCGAGACAACUCGUCGUCUCUGUCACAAGAAGCCCUCGAGAAAAAGACAUUUCUCAUCUUUGUGAAAAUACUCUUCAAGCUGCUCAAGGAGCAUCAAGGAGACGAAAUCACCACCAAGGCAAAGCGGGUGGUGAUGGAAUGUAGACGGCACAACCAACAGAACCAUCCUGCCUUUACGCCUCUCAUGGAGGCUCUCGAACGCCACCUCCGGCGCUUUGUGGGGGAGAAGCUAUGGGGACGGGCGCACUCGUACUUGCAUCAUUAUCUUGGUAAGGAACAAGAACAGCAAGCAGCCAUGGGGAAGAUUGAGCCUAGACCAUUGGUAAUGGUUGCCCCAGGCUAG